CUCGCCUGAGCGCGCUCCUCUGUCGGCUCACUAACUGGGUGUCGGCGUGAACGUCGGGAAGCUGUGAAUGAACAUUAAUGUGGAAUCUAAUGUGCUUUUCGCGCCGGAUGGUUUUCCUCGGCCAUUUCAUUUCUGCUUCGGAAGCCGGGCACUGAGCAAUAGUGGUGAGGUGAUGGCAGAUUUGGCAGGCAGCACAGAUCUCAGCAGAUGGUCUGCUGCACACUGAACCGACCAAAAGCAGCAAAACAUCGAAGGAUAGACAGAAUGGAUUUCUUUAAUUGGACCGAAGGAGCCUUCGCUACAAACAGCAGCAGUUAUGACUCCUUUGAGACCACAACACUCCCUCCCAGUAAAAUCCUGCUAACAAUAACCCUUUCUGUUGUUGCCGUACUAACUACAUUCUUUAACUGUCUGGUGAUCACAGCUAUUGCUGUCACCCGCAAGCUACAUCACCCAGCCAACUACCUCAUCUGCUCGUUAGCGGUGACUGACCUGUUGGUGGCUGUGCUGGUCAUGCCCUUCAGCAUAAUCUACAUCCAGAAUGAAAAAUGGAUCAUGGGCGAGGUGGUGUGCACCAUUUGGUUGAGCAUAGACAUUGCGUGUUGUACCUGCUCAAUUCUUCAUCUCGCUACAAUCGCCAUUGACCGCUACAGGGCCAUCACGGAUGCUGUGGAGUAUUCACGCAAGCGCACAGGAGCCAGGGCUGGUGCCAUGGUGGCAGUAGUGUGGCUCUUGUCCAUUCUCAUUUCACUUCCUCCACUACUCUGGCGACACUACAGCGAUGACGAAGAGCAUAAGGAUCAAUGCAUCAUCAUCCACCACCACAUGGCUUUCACUCUUUAUUCCACACUUGGAGCGUUUUAUAUUCCUCUAAUGCUCAUUCUGAUCCUCUACUACAAAAUCUACAAGGCCGCUCAGACACUUUACAUGCGCAGAGAGGCUAGCAGAGCUAGCCGUCACUCAUGCAUGACCAACGGGAGCAUGAUUCCUUCAUCCUGUCCUGCUGGAGACAGCGAUGGCGAUGGUGGUCCUCGGAGUCCAGAGCCCAUAAGUCCACCGGAAAAGUCCUUCUCUGAGCCUUCUACUGAGGAAACGCCACGUGAACGGGUGCGAGCCUCCAAAAAAGUUUCCCAAAGCAAGUCACUCAGGCAUGACUCGAGGAGCGAGUCGCGUCGAAGCCAAAUUUACCAAGCGCCCCGAAUUUCAGGCUCACGGGAACGAAAGGCGGCAUCCACACUGGGGUUAAUAAUAGGGGCCUUUGUUAUCUGCUGGCUGCCAUUUUUUGUCAAGGAGGUGAUCGUCAACACUUGUGGUUCAUGCAACACUUCUAUCGAAAUGGCAGAUUUUCUUACGUGGUUGGGCUACCUUAACUCUCUGAUCAACCCCCUCAUCUACACCAUCUUUAAUGAGGACUUUAAGAAAGCUUUCCAAAAACUUAUUAGAUGCAGUCAUUACCUCUGAUGCUUAGUCAUGCAUGAUCAAGCUCACACACCAUUUAACAAACAUAUAUAACAAAAAGAGAACAAAAGUAACGGCUUCAGUCAGAGAAUACUAACCGGACACUAAAUCAAUAUACCAAGAGGAAAAGGAAAUAAACAAGAAAAAAAAAAGGCUGAUUCCCAUUUUCCGAAUUGAUGUUAACUACUUCAACAAACUAAAUGGCACCCCAUCUCACUGAUGGGUAUUGGUUUAAAGUUCAACACUGAAGUCCAGCCUGUACUAUUUAUAGAGCAGCCCAAUAUCUCUCUAAUAUUAAUUGGUGUGUGUGAAAGGACGCUGACAUGUUGGUUUUGAAAUACAAGGCAACUGCUGACAUUUCUGAGGUCUGGGUUCUGAGCAUUAGAGAUUAGCCCUAUUUAAAGGUCUAUAAAUAGCUGACCAUCAUGUCCGAUCCAUCUAAUAAAUUCACUUUUGUCAGCUGGACACUGCUGGCUAAAAUAUGUCAUGUGUAAAAUACCACAAAUUACCAAGUCAUUGUUUUAUAUGGUCAUGGUAUUAAAAAAACAACUUUUUUUUCUCACUUUCACUCUCAUCAUCAACAAGAAUAUCUUUUUGUGUUAUAUUUGUUUUGCAAAACCUUUGAACAAAUUUGAACAUGUUAUUCUCACUUUAAUAAUUUAAAAUGUCUUAAAGUUAUGGAAAUAUUCUAUGGGUUUUAUAAACUUCACUAUGCUGCAUCUUAACAUCCUGUGGUUUUAAACAGACAAGGUUAACAUUCAGAUAAUGUUUGUAAAGUAUUUGAAGGGUAAUUCUCUGCUUUCAGAACUAUGGAUGCCCCAAUGAAGCUAUUUAUGGUAGAUACUGUCCUUAUGCAUUAUAAAUAAAUGGAUACAAUUUAUCUUAAAAGAUUUUUACUUCAAUCUCUCUCACUCUCUCUCUUUCUUUCUCUGUCUCUCUCUCUGUUUGUGUCUUUCUCUCUCUUUCUCUCUGUCUUUUUCUCUCUCUUUCUGAAAACUAAAUUUCAGCUUUCCUGGCCAAAUUUGGAGCUCCUAAUAAGUGACUUAAAGUUGAGGAAAGUUUAGUGCUCUAAGAAGCGAUAAGACCUUUGAGGUCUGGCAUCUUCAGACACCUGAAAGCAGCAUCAGAUAAACUGAUUAGACACCUAACUGUUAGACUGUAUUUUUGAGUCAUACUCGUGAGGGCGAAUGUGGAUUUCAGCACAUCUGCUCCAUCCGUCUGCAAGACUGUCACUCCGGGGGGCACCAGCUGUUUUCAUUACACAGAGGCAUUUAAUUGUUGUGUUUUUACUUUUUUACUUUUUGGAAUAAUGAACUGAGCUGUAAUAAGGAUGAAAAAUAAUUUUGCUGAAUAAGUUGAAUUGUGGUUGAAGACUCAGCCCAUAUAUUUUUCUGCAUAAAAAUUGCAGUAUACCAAUUCUAUUAUUAUCAUCCUUAAGUCUCUCAACCUAAAUCAGGUUUGCCAAAUCUUACUUACCUGAAAUGAAACUACAGCUUUCCUUGUAUCUGCCCCUCUGAGACUUUGUCCACACGAUUCUUUUUCAAAAUAAAAAAAAGCUUACAGCAAAACCCUUUUUCACACAGCUGUUUGCGAUUAACCCUUCUAAACACAUGGACAAUAUUUACAUUGUAUUCUCUUUUUUUAUUGUUAGCAUAGACACAUCUAAGACUAUGUAUUAAACUGGUAUGUGAUGGCACAUGUUUUAGAUUGAGCAGAUGAGUCAUGCCAGCAAAAACGUCCAUUGUUAAGACAGGGGUUAAAGAUAUGCACCUUAUCAACAGCAGUAGUUUCCAAAAGAGAACCAUGACUCGUUGAUUUUAUGACUUGGUCAGUUGUUUACAUGACAGUGGGUACUUUUUUUUUUAAAACCUAAGCAUCUCUCACUUUUUUAAAUACCAGCUUAAUAGGUCGUGAAGGAGGGGUGGUACUCAGCUCCUGCAGUCAACCGUGUAUUACCUGGAUUGGUAGCAAAUUGAUCAUAGGGCAGCACAGAGACAAAAAAGUACAACCAACCUUGUAUUCCCACAUUCAUGAUUGAUGGCAAUGUAGAGAGAUAAAUCAGUCCAACAGUCACGUGUCCAUGUGUGGGAGGAAAGAACCCAAGCACAGGGAAAACACACAAACUCCACUCCAAAAGGCCACAAUGGGAUUGUAUCCCAGAACCCUCUUGCUGCAAGGCAACAAUGCUAACAGCUGUACCACAGUGCAGCAGGUGUGGUAGCAUAUUUCAGUGAAWUAUUAAUGCAUGUACCUCAUGUCAUUGGUGUUAUAUCUGAAAUCACACCAUCUGUGAACAGUAAACUCAAGCAUAAAAGUCUAAAUGACAUAGUGAGGUUAGGUUAUUUAUAUAGAGUCUUGAUCUUUGAGUUCAGAGAUGAAGGCUGAAGAUGAUAUCACUGUGCCAAAAGAAAUGAUUUUAGUAUCCAGACAAAGAACUGCAGAAGACUACAAGAAUGAGAUCAUCACUAUGUCACUAUUCCAUAUGAUGCAAUGUCAAUUUUAGGAAAGAAAAAGGUAAACAAUGCAGAAAAAAGCAAAGAACAAAUACAUCUAUGAGCUUUGCAAACCUUUUGGCUGUAAAUUGACUUUAUGUGAAGUAAAAAAAAAAAUUAAAAAAAAAGUAUGUGCUUAGAUAAAAUYCAAGUCUUACAGGGACCAGUAACAGUGGAUCACUACUUGCUGGAAAAUACUAGAACAAAAGAGGCAGGUGAACAUGUUGAGAAUGCAUGAGACCCAARGGUGCAUCCCGGAGCUAACCAGGCAGCCCCAGCUCAAGGUAAUAUCUGCUCAUUACAAAAUUAUUUUCUAUGCUACUUAUUUGCUCCUUUUAUAAUAUUUUUCAAAUAAAUAUUUAAAGUAAAUGUUUGUCUGAACCCUGCCCACAAACAGCUAAAAUUGCCAUAAACCUCGCCUGUCAAUGUGAGUAAAACUAGAAAACUGACAGAACAUCUGCUUGUUAGGAGUAUCAAACAGAAAGCAUUCCCUCAGCUAAGUCCGAUUUCCAUACMUUUCUUUAAAGGAGCCUUCGAGUCAAGCAUCAGUUAUAWGAAAUCUGUGUGUAAUUAUCAGGUAAUUGUUUAUAAACUUUAUGAUGUAAGCUUGCCAUUUAUGUAAGAAACUGCCUUAUUUUUACACUGUAACAUCUGCAGCAUUUCAUAUUCUAUUUUCCCAGAUAUUUUUAAUUUUAUUUAUUUAAUUCUAUUUCCCCGAAAACUGUAAACAACCCAGCCUGCUUAACGUUCACACCGCAGCCAGCACAGGGUUGAUCAAGCCUCAGAGUUACUGGCGUAGAAUUCCUCAUUAUAUUACUCCCACUCAAAUACUUGGAAUAGGACUCCUAUUUUUUACCAUCUUGAAGACAGUACGUGAUAUGUUAGGAAUGAUUGUGGAUGAGUCAAGUAUGAGGGUGUACUGUAUUCCACUGAAAUAAGAUAAGAAUAGGUGUGGAAUAUGGUUGCUUGCAUUUUUUCCAGUGUGACCAUACAUUUCUUUUGCAGUGUCCAUGUCUGAAUUACAAAAAAAAAAAAAA